UUUCUCCGUGAUCCCGGGAUGGGCUCCGGCCCCUGGCUCCGGCUCCUCCUGGCCCUCGCAGUUUUUUGGGGGAUCCAAGCCCAGAAAACCAUUCUGGGAACUUUGGGAAAGCCGACGAUCCUACAAAUCCCCCCGGAACUCCAAGAGCGCGCCCGUAGCUCCGGCGAGGCCUCCUGGAAAAAAUCCCUGGAGGAGCCCCAAAAGAAGAAAUUCCUGCUGAAGCUUUCGGGGCCGAAUUUCACCGAGUUCGAGCGGGGCCGGAUCCGCUUCCACCRGGAAGAUUUUUCCCUGGAAAUCCUCAACACGAGCCGGGAGGACGAGCGGCUCUACGAGUUCAGCGUCAGCGCCGGCCCCGAGGAGUCGCUCUGGCAGAUCCACCUUCCCAUUUUCCCAGAGCCGGUGUCCGAGCUCUCCGUCCGCGUCCUGGGCCGGGCUGUGUCCAACGGCAGCUGCUCUCUGUGGCUGCGCUGCUCCUCCGGCCGCGGCGACGGCGUUUCCUUCUCGUGGCGGGGUCCGGCCAACGCCACCGGCGGGGUCUGCUCGGCCGCCGGCGCCGCCCUCAACCUCUCGUACUCGCCGCGGGAUGGACCCUUGGGCUGCGUCUGCACCGCCAGCAACGCCGUCAGCCGGCGUGAGGUGACCUUCGAGGCUGACCAGUGCGGAGAUGGACAGUGGGGUGACCCCGGGCUGAGGCCGGAGCUCCUCGUGCCAUUGGUGACCCUCGGUGUCAUCGCCAUCAUCGUCACCGUGGUCUUUGUCACCGUCAGGGCCACCCGCAGGGCCAGAG